UGGCAUAUGAAGCAUAUCGUUCAAAAAUUCUGAGUGUGGUCAGUAGCAGACUCAUCUUCGUAACGAAAGGUGGUCAAACGAUGAUGGCGGAAACUGUGGAUGUUAGGGAUGUUAAAACAGACCUCGUUUACCUUCGCUUGGUCGUGACUUCAAAAAAUGAUAUCGGUUCGACGAAGAAAAUAUUUUUAGUUGAGAAUGAGGAAACUCGAGGAGGAGCACUUUCAUGUAUUCAUAAUAUGAAGAUAUGUCUACGCUAUCUCGGUGACCAGGGGGUCAGGAACUUGGUGUUAGUCACGCAUCAGUAUCUCGGAUUGUGGAUAGAGUUGUGAACAGCACAGUUGCCCAGUCGAACGAAUGAAUCAAGUUUCCAACUACCAACCAUGAACUGAUGGAGGCCAAGAGGAU